CGACCUGAUGAGAGCACUUGAAAGGAAAUCUUGUUUCUGUCGCCUGGCGCGUUGAGAGGCGCCAGCAGUAGUUCACCGUGUCUUCACUUUUCCGCCUGCCCACAUAGAAAAAAAAAUUUUCCGGCAAAAUUAUGCCUUCGACAUCCACAAAGUUUCAACCACUCCCGACGUCGGAUACCACCGCGACAUUCCAAGAGAUUGAUCGCGACUAUCUUUGUGGAGUGUUCAAUUUCAGGCCGCGAUGGAUGCAGCGAUUUGCCAGAACCCAGUAUUUCCUUGUGUGCUACAUCAUCUACGGAGUGUUACAGGGAGCUCUGAAGGCUUACCUCAACGGGUGCAUCACCACCAUAGAACGCAAAUUCGCGCUCACCGGCAAAAUGUUCAGUGUCAUACUCAUAGCAGACAACGUGAGUUCCCUGUUCGCCUGCCUUUUGAUAGGUUACUACGCCCGAAAAGUGAGUAGAAUAAAGAUGAUAGUGUUUUCCGUGUCAAUGACCGUACUGGGAUGUGUGCUGGCGGCCCUACCACACUUCAUCUACGGACCCGGUUUCAUCGGUGACACCAAGGUACAACUUCAAGGAGAAGAUCUUCAAGGAGAAGAUCAGACUUCCCAGGUGAUCUUGGACACUACGAAGGAGUUCUGCAGCCGUACUGACGACAGCGAAGCGUCCGUGGCUGGAGACCAGUCACCAGCAGCGAUUGCCAUACUUGCCGUGUGCAUUCUCUUUAUUGCGAAUUUUUUCAACGGCUUCGGCGGAGCGGGCUUCUACAUAUCGGGCACCACAUACACAGACGACAAUGCUAAGAAGACAGACUCAAUUGUCUACUUUAGCUUUGUAUUUUCACUGCGAUUCCUGGGCCCGAUGCUUGGAUAUGUCAUGGCGUCAGUGUGUCUCCGAAUCUAUGAGUCACCGUUUGAGACUCCAAGCAUCACGCCGAAACAUCCGAAAUGGAUUGGAGCUUGGUGGCUCGGCUUCAUCCUCUGGGGUAUAUCCCUCUUCAUCAUUUCGCUGCCGAUGUCUCUCUUUCCCAAACACAUUAAGAGACAAUCGCAAUCACCCGAGAAGCAAGAGAUGCAAAAGGUAUCCUCUAUGGACACGACUCCCGACUCGAUCCGAGAGAAGGUUGUCGGUGAUUUUGCAGAAUUUCGAAGGUCGAUCGCAAGGCUGUGCAAGAAUCCUGUGCUUAUGUGGAAGAUGGCAACCAUCAUGUUCGUCUUCAACGGUACUGGGGGCUACAUUACCAUGUUCCCCAAGUACGUCGAAAUCCACUACAGGGUUUCGGCCGCAAAUGCCAGUCUCUUCACAGGUCCGACAAAGAUUCUGGCCAUGAUACUGGGAGUUUUCCUCGGUGGUCUGAUUAUUAGGUUCUGGAAACCUAAGGCCCGCACCAUAGCCCUCAUGGAGGCAGCCAGUGACUUGAUAGAAAUUAGUUUUCUCGUCGCUGGUAUGUCCCUCUCCUGCUCUGGUUGGCAGCUCGCAGGAACCAGCAUGAGCACGUCCAACAGCUGUCUGAUGGGCAACAGCACCUCUGAAGAAGCCGUGGUGACGGACGGCUUCUGUGAAUUCGGAUGUGACAGCCUUUUCAUCCUCGUUGCACUGACGAGCGUGAGCAAACUCCUGGCGCAGCUUCCUCGGGUCGGAGGAAUAAUCGUCACUUUGAGAUGUGUUGAUCAUGCGGACAAAGGCCUUGCAGUGGGGAUGAUGGGAGCAGCAUUUAACCUCUUAGGCGCCGUGCCGUACCCGCUCAUCUAUUCCGCGCUGUUCGACGCCACCUGCAUUGCGUGGGACGAGCGAGGCGGUCACCGUGGAAGCUGUUCGUUCUACGACGCGGACAAGCUGCGCGUACUCUUCCACGGCGUGACCAUAGCGUUCCUCAGCCUGGGCCUCGUCAGCAACCUGAUCGUGUCCUACUACAGCAAACGCGUCACCAACCUGUACGGCGAGGCGGACGCGCGGGCCGAGGAGACGGCGGCAGCGGCGUCCACCUGGGAGGACGACUGCCUGCGCAUGGUCGAGCUGGACGAAGACGCGAUGCGCAAGAUGACGGCCGAGGGAGAGAAACCGACGCAGCAGCAACUUCCUUUCGCUGCGAAGCUUGCUCGAGACAUCAUGCCCUCAAGAAAGGACCUCAAGUUUCGAUCCGUUCCGACAAAAGAUCCGGGAGACGAAGACCACACGAGACGUGAAACGGACCCGGACUUCAUGUGCGGCGUCUUCGGAUGCAGACCACUAUGGCUCCAGAGAUUCGCGAAGGCUUACUACUUCCUCCUGUUCUACACACUGUUCGGAAUCUUCCAAGGGGCGCUCAAGGCGUACCUCAACGGCUGCAUUUCGACCCUAGAGAAGAAAUUCGGCCUCACGGGCAAGACGUUCGGAGUCAUACUCAUAGCGGACAACAUAAGCGCCCUGUUCGCCAGCCUUCUCAUCGGCUACUACGCCACCAAGAUCAGCCGUCCAAAGAUCAUAGCGUUCGGAGUUUGGAUCUCCGUGCUGGGAUGCUUCUGCAGCGUGCUGCCGUACCUCAUAUACGGGCCGGGAUUCAUAGGUCGAGGAGAGGUCGCGUCCGGUGCGAAGCCGGAGGCCUCGUUGCGCAGUUCCAGGGCGCAGCUAUCGUUUUGCAAGGAGGCUGAGCAGGACGUCGUUGAGGCGGUGGCGGCCAGCACGACGAGGGACGAGACGCCCGCACCGACGGCCAUUGUGGCCGUGUGCCUGCUAUUUUUGGCCAACUUCCUGAACGGUAUCGGUGGCACGGCCUUUUACAUCUCGGGCGCUACGUACACUGAUGACAACGUGAAAAAGAAGAAUUCUCCUGUCUACUUCAGUUUGAUCAUGUCCCUGCGUUUGGUCGGGCCCAUGUUGGGCUACGUAUCGGCGUCCGUUUGCCUCAGCAUCUACGAGUCGCCAUUUGAGAAGCCCGGAAUCAACCGCAAGCACCCGAACUGGAUCGGAGCCUGGUGGUUGGGGUUCGUCAUCUGGGGUGGUGCCAUGGCGGUGAUGUCGCUGCCGAUGUCCCUCUUUCCCAAGCACAUCCGGAGGACUUCUGCGCACGCAACCAGCGAGGAUAAGAAGACCAAUCCGAAGUCGUUGGGCGAUAAGAUCGCUAACGAUGCUCGAGAGUUCAAGACGGCCGUGAGCCGCCUUUCCAAGAACCCCGUGUUGAUGUGGAAAAUGGCGACCCUCGUUUUUAUCAUAAACGCGAUCGGCGGCUACGUCAGCAUGUUUCCCAAGUACGUCGAGAACCAGUACCGAGUUUCGGCGUCAAAGGCGAGCCUCUUCACAGGACCCACUAAGGUACUGGCAAUGAUGGUUGGCCUUCUCGGAGGAAUGAUCAUUCGCUUCUGGAAGCCACGAGCACGCACAAUAGGCCUCCUGGGAGCCUUCGCGGACUUCAUCAACAUUUCCUUCCUCUUCGCGGGCAUUUUCCUCGGCUGCUCCGGCUGGCAACUGGCGGGCACACAUGUCGACACUGACGGCAGGCUUUCUCUGAGUAACCCUUGCAACGAACACUGCGACUGUCCCACUGGACGCUUCCAGCCCAUCUGCCACGUCGAUCAAGCGGCCACGUACUUCUCGCCAUGCGCGGCGGGGUGCCUCGACAGAGGAAACGGAUCCAUGGAGUGUUCCUGCAUAACAGAAGCUGUGGGUCUCGACAUUGCGCUUCCGAAAAUGGCUAACGGAUUUCUGCGACUUCCCUUGCCAAAACCUCUUCAUCCUCGUGUUCAUCAUCAGCUUGGGAAAGCUGAUAUCGCAGCUUUCUCGGGUAGGAUCCACGCUCAUCACUCUCAGAAAACAGCAGGUGCCGUUCCGUACCCGCUAAUCUACACCGCCAUAUUUGACGCCACCUGCCUCGUCUGGGAAGACCGGGGUGGCCACCGGGGCAACUGCUCGUUCUACGACGUCGACAAACUGAGAGUGGUCUACCACGCCGUCACGAUUCUCUUCAUGACGCUCGGCCUGGUGUGCCAACUCGUCAUGUCGUACUACGCCAAGCGGGUCACCAACAUGUACGGCGAAGACGAAGUUCGCCAAGACGACGCGUCGUCCAAGCCCACAGAAAACGGCGCCCUCGAAAUGAACGGCGUCAACGGCGUCCUCGCGGAAACGGACGGAGAGGGAAACCUCAGCGGCCCCUCCGAGCCACCACUUGUCAUGAAUGCUCAGCCAAGACUCAACGACCGCGAUGCCGACGGCACGCGCGGAAAGGCGACGCUGGAAGCCGGGGACGCACCCCCGUCGAAGCAGGACGACGUCCCGGCGCAGGACUCGACGCAAGACGACGACACCGAUAGUGACUACUUGUGUGGUGUGGGAAACUACAGACCAAACUGGUUACAGAGGUUCGCCACUUCGCGUUACUAUGCCCUCGUGUUCGGCUUGCUGGGCAUCUUUCAGGGCGCCUUCCGAACCUACCUGGUCGGAACACUGUCCACCGUGGAGAGACGCUUUUCGCUGUCCAGCCGCGCCUCGGGCAUCAUCAUGAUUGCCGACGACCUGAGUCCCAUCGUGGCGAACUUCGUGAUGAUGGCCCUUCUGAGACGCACCAGUAAAGUGAAUUGGGUGUCCGGAGGAAUGCUCUUCUCACUCCUCGGAGCUGUGUCCAGUAUGCUCCCUUACCUGGUCUAUGGUCCGGGCAAGCACCUCGAAGGAGAUGUGCGUAUGGUCAGUGGUGUAUCAACAAGUACCACUCAGUUCUGUGGCACUUCGGACGUCGACGCAGCAGCGGCGAGUUGUCAGGCCAUCAAGGAGGACGCAGCCUCCAUCGGGCCCCUGAUGUUCUUCUUCAUGGGCAACUUCUUGAACGGACUCGGCGGUACCGCUUACUAUGUCAUCGGGACCACUUACAUGGACGACAACGUUAAGAAGAAAAACUCGGCUGUGUACUUCGGCUCCCUGUAUGUCUUCCGUCUACUGGGACCCGUCUUGGGCUUCACACUGGCGUCGCUAAGCCUAAGUUACCCUGAGGAAAUGAAAGGUACGUCCCCGCUUAAGCCUGGCGAUCCUCGGUGGAUCGGCGCCUGGUGGUUCGGCUACAUCUUCAUCGGGCUGGGUAUCCUGAUCAGUACACUCCCAAUGCUGUUUUUUCCGAAGAAGAUUCGGUCCAAAUCAGAAGCGAACAAAGGAGAUGCGUUGAGCAAGGACAAGAGUAUGAAAACGGAAUUCAAAGAGUUGUUGCAAGGCCUCGGGAGGCUUGCCCGGAAUCCAGUCUACGUGUUCCGCAUCCUUGCGGCCAUCGUAAAUUACAUCGCUCUGGCUGGUUAUUACAUUUCUUUUCCUCGCUAUACGGAGCACCAGUUCUCCCAGACCGCUUCAAAGGCCAGUCUUCUUGCUGGGCCCACUUACAUCGUGUCAAACGUGGUCGGCAUCGUCCUUGGCGCCGUGUUCGUGCACAAAGUGAAGCCGUCACCCAGGGUUGUCGGCAUACAGUCAGUCGUCGUGGUCUUUAUCGCCGCAGUUGGUAUCACUUCGCUUAUGGCGAUUAACUGUGGCUCGAUACAGUACCCCGUGGUACCGGAUGCGGUCGAAGGAGUGACCAUCCAAAAUCAGUGCAGUGAUGGAUGCGACUGUUCCACAAGAGUGCAUCGUCCAGUGUGCGACCAAGCAACAGGAACGCAGUACUUCUCAGCGUGCUUUGCAGGUUGUCCUGUCAGCGAGUACAAUCAGACGGAAUUUCGAGAUUGCCUGUGCCUUCAAUCGGAGCACGGAAUGAAUAAGUUCACCGUUGGGAACGUUUCGAACAGCAAAUGCGAGCAGGACUGUUUCGACGCCAUGAUGAUCUUCGCUGGUGUGGUGUUCGUUAUUCAAAUUGUACUGGGCAGUUCACAUGUUGGAUCGACUAUCGUCGGGCUAAGGUGUAUAGAACCACGAGACAAAAGCCUGUCUCUGCUCGUCACGUCGGCAAUUAUGAAUGCAUUUGCUUUCAUUCCGUACCCGCUCAUCUACGGUGCCCUGACGGACGCCUCGUGCAUUGUCUGGGAGGACAGGUGCGGCGAGCAUGGAUCUUGCUGGCUCUACGAUCUCAAGAAGCUCCGAUUCCUCAUACACGGCGUCACGAUGGCGCUGCUGUUGGCCGGCUGCCUUUUCCAGGCAGUCAUGGCUUACUACUGCACGCGCAUCAAGAACUUCUACGAAGACGAAGCGGACGAAGACGUCGACAGUGGCGAGAAGGCCGGUGGAGACGGUGUACGCGCGCCCCUCAGGCUGUCCAUUGGCGAAGGACCUGACGGCCACGUGACAGGUGGCGAGCACCGUCCAAGGACUCGGACAAAGAGCAUCGAUAGCUGGGAGUUUCAAAACUUCAAUCAGGUCACUAACGUCACCAAGUGAAUACUCACACACGGACUGUUGGAGUUCUGCUACGUCAUCGCUCCACUCACU